AUGCAAAACUUUAAUGGCAGCAUUACAGUUACAGAAUUUAUUUUCCUUGGACUCACAGAUCUUCCAGAACUACAAUAUAUACUAUUUGUGGUUUUCCUUGCAAUCUACAUUCUUACCCUAUUAGGAAACUUUGGAAUGAUUGUGUUGAUCAUACUUGAACCCCGCCUUCACACUCCCAUGUACUUUUUUCUUAUUAAUUUGGCUUUUGUAGACUUGUGCUAUUCCUCCAAUGCAACGCCCCAAAUGCUGGCAAAUUUGUUAUCUGAAAGAAAGACCAUUUCCUUUGUUGGUUGCUUUCUGCAGUGUUACUUUCUCAUUGCUUUUCUGCUCGCUGAGUAUUACAUGUUGGCUGCCAUGGCCUAUGACCGCUAUGUUGCCAUCUGCAGCCCCCUACACUACACGGUGAAAAUGUCCAGAAGAGUCUGCAUCUGCCUGGCCACAUUUCCCUAUAUCUAUGGUUUCUCUGAAGGUCUUCUCCAAUCCAUCCUGACAUUUCGCUUGUCCUUCUGUAGAUCCAAUGUCAUCAAUCACUUCUACUGUGCUGAUCCCCCUCUCAUCAAGUUGUCUUGUUCUGACACCUAUCUCAAAGAACAUGCCAUGCUCAUCUCAGCUGGGUUCAAUCUUUCCAAUUCGCUUGCUAUCAUUCUCAUCUCCUACGCCUUCAUUCUGGUAGCCAUCCUCCGCAUUCGCUCUGUUGAGGGAAGGAGGAAGGCAUUCUCUACCUGUGGCUCUCACAUGAUGGCUGUUACUUUAUUUUAUGGGACUCUCUUCUGCACGUUUGUGAGACCUCCCACUGACAAAAGUGUUGAGGAAUCCAAAAUUAUAGCUGUAUUCUAUACUUUUGUGAGUCCUGUGCUGAACCCACUCAUUUAUAGUCUGAGAAAUAGAGAUGUGAAAGCAGCUUUGAGGAAUGUGCUCAGGAGAAAUCUACUGAAGAAGAUGGCUUCAAACAUAUCAUAA